CAGCCGGCGGUGCUGGACAAUCUUCUGACCUCUAUGAAGUUUGUCCUCCACGGGAUGGGCAUUCUCCGGAUCAACCUGACCAACAGCAAGAACAAGGUGCACGCCCACUCUGUGUUGUCCUGUGGGAGGUGUUUUGAUGAGGAUCAGGUGCUGUUUCCGUUCAUUGGCCACGCCCUCUCCUGUCUGUGGGCUGACCAGGGGGUCCGAGAGGCCGCAGCCAGGGGUUACGAGUUUGAACUCAACGACUCUGCCCUGUAUUUCUUUGAGAACAUGGGUCGUAUCAUCUCUCCGGACUACGUUCCCACGGAGACGGAUGUCCUGAGGGUCAGACUGAGGACCACCGGGGUCAUAGAGACGCAGUUCAAAGUCAAACACCUGCUCUUCAGGAUGUAUGAUGUGGGGGGUCAGAGGGCAGAGAGGAGGAAGUGGAUUGGUUGUUUCGAGGACGUCCGGGCCGUGGUAUUUGUUGUUUCUCUCAGUGGAUACGACAUGACUCUAGUAGAGGACCCAUGUAUGAACCGCCUACAGGAGAGUCUGAAGCUCUUCUCUUCCAUCUGCAACAACAUCUUCUUCAAGAGUACCUCAAUGAUCUUAUUUAUGAACAAGAUCGAUCUUUUUCAAGAGAAGAUUUUACAUUCGGGGCGGCAUCUGCGGCUGUAUGUGCCGCAGUUCAAAGGUGCAGACUGUGACGUGGACGCUGCGGCCCGAUACAUUGCCGGAAUGUUUGUGUCUCUCAACGCCACGCCCAGCAAACUCAUCUACCACCACUUCACCACGGCAACGGACACCUCCAAUGUACAGAUUGUCUUCCAGGUCGUCAUGGACACCAUCAUCAAAGAGAACCUAGAGGCCGUCUCUCUGCUAUGAUUGGUUCUAAGAGUUCCUAUGAGUUCUAACAGUUCCGAUGGUGCUGGUUGGCUUCUGGACUCUGGGGUGAAGUUUCCCUCGGCACAGAGCUAGACUCAGCUUCCCCUCACCAAAUCAUAACCUUAAAGGGUCAAUCCGCAGUUGCUAUGUCCAUUUUUGGAGUUAGCAACUGGCCCAUUGAUUCUUGAAGAAUGUAACUUAUAAAUCGCUCAUGAGCUUAAUUCAAAAUAUAAGCUUGUUUUACUCCGUUUGUAAACAACGUAAAUGUGAACAAAUAGCCUCAACAUGGUUAAAACUAGAAUGCUGAUAUGAUGGAUUGACAGUCUUUGCAUCCAGAGCUCUAGCUAUGCAUUUGAGAGAGGUUACGAUUCUCCAGCCCCGUCCCUCAGCUGUUUACCAAAACGGGCGGGGAGUACGCUUUGUUAUUGUUUCAACUGCUGAGUUCCAUUUUAACUGUUAGUGGGGAUAAUGGAAAACCAACACAAGAUCAGUGACUAGGGGCUCCGUCACCCUACUCCGUGUUCUGGUUCCGGUAGAAAAGCGUGUUUAAGUCGACUUCAUAAUGAAAGACCCCUCGGUUCAUUUCCUCUGGGACUGUUUACAUGACUUCCCGGAACGAGGAGGAGGUCCAUUGAAGAACAUUUCACUUCCCGGAACGAGGUCCAUUGGAGAACAUUUCACUUUCCGGAACGAGGAGGAGGUCCAUUGGAGAACAUUUCACUUCCCGGAACGAGGAAGAGGUCCAUUGGAGAACAUUUCACUUUCCAGAACGAGGAGGAGGUCCAUUGGAGAACAUUUCACUUUCCGGAACGAGGAGGAGGUCCAUUGGAGAACAUUUCACUUCCCGGAACGAGGAGGAGGUCCAUUGGAGAACAUUUCACUUCCCGGAACGAGGAGGAGGUCCAUUGGAGAACAUUUCACUUCCCUCUUCUUGUUUUUGUGAACAAUCAUGGACUAUGGUACAUAUUUAUUUGUGUUAUUGUUGUUGUUAUGCAACCCUAAUCAGAAUAGGAAUAAUACAACAUCAACAUUUUUCAUUCUUAACUUGUUAUAUUUCUUAUUCAUACCAGAGCUCAUUGGAGGGACCCUGUAGACGGUAAUGAUAGGCUUCCUCUCAGCUUUGGUUGCUCGGUUACAGUCAUCCGGCUAAAUGCUCACUCAGCUUAGUGCACGUCUUAGUGUGUGUGGGGGCAGGCAGGAGGAUUUACCGUUUGUCCAUUAGAUGCGCGGGCAGUGUGGUACUGGUGUGGAGGUGUGGAGUUAUGGGUCACUCAUCCAUACAGACUGUGUGUGUGAGGUAAGGGGUUCACUCAUCCAUACUGUGUGUGUUAAGGGGUUCACUCAUCCAUACUGUGUGUGUGUGUUAAGGGGUUCACUCAUGCAUACAGACUACGGGCAUUUUCCUCCCAUCCAUCAAUGCCUAUCACUCCUUAAUGGGACAGAGAUCACAGAAAACAACUGGCUUUAUUUAACUGCAGUAAAUCUCAUCACUCUUGUGUCCUGCUCUCCUUUCCUCCCUCUUGCUCUCUCUCUCUCCCGCUCUCAAGCACCUCUUCCUUUCUCUCUCUCUCUCCUCUUUUUUCUUAAUUUACAUGUUUUAUUCUGUCAUUCAUUUGGGGAUUGUUGUCUAAGUUGCUCAACAGACAAGUAUCUGUUGGAAGACUAUUGCUAUCAAACUAUUGUCUAAGCAUUUGAGAAAUAAAAUCUUACCAUUAUGUAUUUAUAAGAA